AAAACUAAAAAAAUACAUGCAUCUUCUAUUUCACCUCCUCCUUCAUUUUCAACUCUCUCCCAAAUAUCUUAAAAUCCAUUUUCAACUAAUUUUCCCUUCUCACUAACCUCCAUCCUCACAGUGUAAAGCCUUAAACUAUAACUCCACCUCCUAUUCAAUUUCAUUUUUGUUCCAUUUCUUUUUUGCUUUUUCACAAACCUUAUCAAUCACAUUUUUCACUUCCAUUUGUUUUCUUACAAUCUGCAAUUGCAUUCCGCAGGGUUGCCUUUACCACUUGUGGAGGUGGAGGAGGAAGGAGCACACAAGAGGUUGAAAACUUCAAAGAUUUUCUGAUUCUUCCAUCUUUCCCUGCAGAAAAAAACCCAAGAUUCUGAACCAAUUGAACCACACCAUGAACAACAAUCCCAAAGACCCAGAUCAAUUUUACUCUUCACGAAGCUUCUCAAAGCUAAUGGUGUUCCUCCUCCUCUUAAUCUCCAUCCCCUACCUCUUCUACUCCCUGCGAUUCAUCACCCAUUCCAAUCACUGUGAUCAAAACCCCAACAUUCCCACCAUCCACACCACUUCACUCUCUGAAAAACAACCCCAAAUCCCAACCCCAAAACCGUUUGAACAAACCAACAUUUCUCACAUAGUCUUCGGAAUCGGAGCCUCAUCAAAUCUAUGGAAGCAGAGGAAAGAGUACGUCAAGCUCUGGUGGAAACCCAAUCAAAUGCGCGGCGUCGUGUGGCUGGAGCAGAACGUAACAAAACCCGAUCCCGGCGACGAGAAUCUCUUGCCGGAGCUGAGAAUCUCCGGCAACACAACGAAUUUCAAAUACUCCUACCCGAAGGGUAGCAGGUCCGCAAUCAGAAUCUCGCGGAUCGUUUCGGAAACAGUGAGACUUCGAUUGAAAGAUGUGAGGUGGUUUGUGAUGGGGGACGAUGACACGUUCUUCGUGACGGAGAAUUUGGUUAGGGUUUUGCAGAAGUAUGAUCACAAUCAAUUCUAUUACAUUGGGAGUUCUUCAGAGACGCAUUUGCAGAACAUUUAUCAUUCUUACAAUAUGGCUUAUGGCGGUGGUGGAUUUGCGAUUAGCUAUGGUUUGGCGGUGGCGUUGGAGAAGAUGCAGGAUCGGUGUAUUCAGAGGUAUGCUGGAUUGUAUGGCUCUGAUGAUCGGAUUCAUGCUUGCAUGGCGGAGCUUGGGGUUCCACUCACCGUCGAGAAAGGGUUUCAUCAGUGUGAUGUGUACGGCAAUCUCUUUGGGCUUUUAACAGCCCAUCCCGUCACACCAUUAAUAUCCCUCCAUCACCUUGACGUAGUAGAGCCCAUAUUCCCAAACGUGACCCAGGCCCAAGCCCUAAAGCGGCUCACGCAGCCCAUGGAUCUCGACUCCGCCGGGCUCAUGCAGCAAUCCAUAUGCUACGACGAGGCCCGCAAAUGGACGGUGUCGGUGUCGUGGGGCUACGCCGUUCAAAUCUUCCGCGGCAUCUUCUCCGCUCGGGAAAUGGAGAUGCCGGCGAGGACCUUCCAGAACUGGUACCGGCGCGCCGAUAGCACCUCCUUCACCUUCAACACGCGCCCUAUCACCAGAAACAGUUGUCAGAUACCGUUUGUUUACUACUUCUCUUACGCGGUUUACAACGAGGACACUCACCAGACCGCAACUCGGUACGUUCGGGUUGAAUCGAACCCGGAGUGCAAGUGGAGGAUGGAGGAUCCGACGCAGAUUGAAGUGGUGGAGGUUUACAAGAAGCCAAACCCUAAUUUGUGGGACAAGUCUCCGAGGAGAAAUUGUUGCAGGGUGAAGCCGACGAAGAAGAAAGGAACUAUGGUGAUUGAUGUGGGGGAAUGCAGGGAAGGUGAAGUUGUUGAAUUGUAGUUAGAGCUUCAAACAGGCAUGUUCAUACAUAUUUCUGGCGGCUAGUGUCGACAAAGAUGAGUUUACAAGUCUAGAUUUUAGUUUCUCCUCAGAACAUGUGUAGUUUUUUUUUUUUUUUGAAGAGGGGUAAGGGUAAAGUCAUGAUGGAAUGCCACAAUUUUCACCAAGACCUUAUAGUAUUAUACAAGUAUAAAUUCAAGGAUAAACUUGUUUUGUUUU